GGGUGGAGGCUUCGCUCCAGCCAAUCAGAUCGCGUCUGUGAUAUGGAGGGCGGGGCAGAGAUGCACGCUGUCCAUCCAUAAAUGAACGAAAGACUGUCCAGCUGCCAGCCACAAACGCUCCUAAACACAAUAAGCCAACUGCGCGGAGAGACGUUAUAAAUCGCCAUCAUGAGUGAGAAGAAAGCAGUGAUCAAGAAUGCUGACAUGUCAGAUGACAUGCAGCAGGAUGCUGUGGACUGUGCCAUGCAGGCUAUGGAAAAAUACAACAUCGAGAAGGAUAUUGCUGCUUAUGUCAAAAAGGAGUUUGACAAGAAGUACAACCCCACAUGGCACUGCAUUGUUGGGAGGAACUUCGGCAGCUAUGUGACGCACGAGACAAAGCAUUUCAUCUACUUUUACCUGGGCCAAGUGGCCAUUCUGCUUUUCAAGUCAGGCUGAAUUCGCAACAUGCCCUCCAAAAACUACUUUUAAUUCAGCCAUUAAUUAUUUGUGCCAUGCUGUACAUUCGCUGCCACCUCUCUGCAGACAUGCUCUCCUCCUGGUUUCCUGCUUGCUUCAGUCAGUUAUUGUUUACCACCCACAACACUACCACCAUGGGUGGAUGGCAGUUUAGUCAUGCCUGGACUGGAGGUGCUGUUCAUAAAGAAUGUAAAACUAAUCCCCCAUGCCUGCUCUGAGUCAACAUUUGCACAUCUGACAAGACUCGCCACACCUCAUUUCUGGAUGUUUUUUUGUUUUGUUUUGUUUUUGUUAUGCUGUGCUUUGAUGCGCGGAUCUUGUACAUUGUUUCAUAUGUUGUAUAAUAACUUAUUUUUCAUUGAAUUAAAAUGAGCAACAGACAGUUUUUGUUGAAAUGCCUUUAAUUUUCAGUGUUGACUGAGAUUGAAUAAAUAUGCCAAGACUGUUGCUUACACUUAAUAAAGAAUAUCACCUGCUAAGAGAUGUAAGGGUUUUGUACAUGCUUGAACAUUCCUGUUUUCACUUCACAUGUGAAUAUUUACAAUGUUACUGUUGAUCUCUGGACUGUAAUUUAGUGUGCAGUUUGGUAUUGUGAUAUUUUCAACAUGUUCAGCACAAAACGACUUUGAAACAGUAAACUGGCUCAAAAUGUG